AUGGCAGAGACAAGUCAAACCGUUUCAGAGAGCGCCAGUCAGGCUGAUCUUGCCCCUUCCCUUCCUGCUUACAGGCCUAGAUACAUUGAUAUCGGCAUCAACCUUGCCGACCCCAUCUUCCGUGGCCGCUACCACGGCAAGCAAAAACACCCCGACGACCUCAAGGGCGUAGUAGACCGCGCCAUCGAGGUCGGAUGCACAAAGCUCAUCGUGACGGGCUCAUCUUUCAAGAGCACACGGGAUGCCCUGAAGCUCUGCAGGGAGUUUCCCGGCACCGUUUACGCCACAGCCGGCAUCCACCCCUGCAGCAGCUCGAUCUUCAGCCGCGGCCACCACAAGCACCACGACGAGAGCGAGUCGGAAGGCGAAGCCGAGCACACGCCCCAAUGCGACCCAGACCCGACCAAACCCAUCCAAGACGGCAGCGACGGCGGCGUGUGCCAGGAACGCAGCGAACGCAUCAUUGCCGACCUGACCACCCUCAUUAACGAGUCUCGCGCCAACAACCCGGGCGACCUUGUCGCCUUCGGCGAAUUCGGCCUCGACUAUGACCGUCUGCAUUACUGCUCCAAGGAGGUGCAACUCCAUUCCUUCCGAGUUCAACUCCAGCUCGCGGCAUCACUUUCUCCCCAGCUACCGCUUUUCCUUCACUCCCGCGCCGCACACGCUGAUUUUGUUCGCUUACUGAAGGAGGCCUUUGGCGAGAAGCUCGAGAAACUUGAGAAAGGCGGCGUGGUGCACAGUUUCACGGGCACAGUUGAGGAAAUGAAGGAGCUGAUGGACCUAGGGCUAUACAUCGGUAUCAAUGGGUGCAGCUUCAAGACGGCAGAGAACUGUGCUGUGGUGAAGGAGGUCGCGCUGGACCGGUUAAUGAUUGAGACGGACGGGCCGUGGUGUGAGGUUAGGCCUAGUCAUGAGGGGUGGAAGUAUCUGGUUGAGUGGGAGAAGACGGCUGCUGCUGCUACUCCUUGUGGAGCGGCGACUACGCAGGCAGUUGAGCCUGAAAAGCAGAAGCAACAGGGGAAGAAAAAUCAAAAGAAGGAGCCUGAAGUUCCGGAGAGGUUUAAGACGGUUAAGAAGGAGAAGUGGGAGGAGGGUGCUAUGGUCAAGGGGCGCAAUGAGCCAUGCAUGAUUGAACGUGUGGCGAAAAUUAUUGCUGCCAUUAAGGGGGUGUCGUUAGAGGAGGUUUGCGAAGCGUCGUGGGCGAAUACGGUCAAGGUGUUUGGACUGAAGGAGUAA